GUUUUUUUGCUGCCACAGAUAUAUGAAAUUUCCCCAUUGUGGGAUUAAUAAAGUCAUCAUCUAACUAUCUAUCUGUCAAUGUUGCAUCUGACAUGUUGCCUGGCAACUACAAUACCGUACAUCGUCAUGACAACCCCUGGAGUCUUCAAGCAUUCUUUUGAUUGGUUGGACUUCUAUUUUCCCUGGAGUCUUUCAACAGUACUUCCAAGGAUCAAAAUGUUUUUAUUUUUAUUUUUAAUGACACUGAAACUGAUAAUUGAAAAAUUGUUAAAAUUCACAAAAGAUUGGGUAUGUGCAUAAACUCUGAACCUCUAUCAGACCAAAACAAGGUCAAAGUGGCUUUUUUCUCUCAUAUCAUACAUUUAUCCAAAACAAGUGAAAUUUUAGAUUUCCUAAUAAAAACAAGUACCAGCAACUGUGAUUGAAUCUUACUAAGUGUCUGUCUGUAUGUGAAACUUUAUUGUUAUUUUUAUUUUAUGAGAAUAAUUCUAGGGCUCAACCUGAUCUGUCAAUCCUUUAUGGGUUUAUAGUUACAGUUAUAAAAAGAACGUUGACAGUAAAGGGAGUCAGUGAUGUAGGACUAAGACCCAAUGUCAGAGAACUCUGCAAAGCUGUAAACUGAGUAGUUUAGCAGUAUGUCUCUAAGGGAUCCUCCAUACGAAGCUCCGUCUGUCUCAGAGUUGCAGGAGUUUCUGUUGGCAGACAGGCGACCAACUGGCCAUGUCAAUCAAGUCUGGCCCAACCUCUACAUAGGCAACGAAGUGGCAGCUCGUGACAAGAGUCUUCUGCACAGUCUGGGCAUAACUCACAUAGUAAACGCCGCUCAUGGACGCUCCAAGCCGACCCCUGGCCCCUGUUUUCACGUGAACACUGGCCCGCUGUUCUACAGAGAUAUGACAGUGGAUUAUUAUGGGGUGGAGGCUGUGGAUGCUGUGGAGUUCAUCCUCAGUCCUUUUUUCUACCCAACAGCACGAUACAUCAGAGCUGCACUCUCCACAGGAGGCAAGUCACAUUUGGAAACUCAGAGGAGAAAUUGGUUUGAGCAUAUUCUCGUGUUUGGGUUGCCACAAGCAGGGUUACUGUAAUCUAAGUAAGUCAGUAAGUGUGGCAAAACGUUUUGCCUUUUACCUGCAAAAAUUUGCAAAACAACACACUAAAAUGUACAAAUCUUUAAUAAAUUCUCAGUGAAACAGCUGCUCCACCUUAAUCUCACUUGAG